GUUUUCUUGCUGGCUUCGUUGCCCAUAUACCCUCUUUCGCUCUCGAGCUUCGAUAUACCCACGUUCCUUCCACAACGCCCCAAUAACUCCACUCCCCCUCCCUUUGAAUUGCAUCACACUCCCAUUGCUUUCGCGUCAGACCAGUCGAUUGGAGUCAUGGCCUUUAAGGAUGUCAUCUUGAAGAUCCAACGAUCUUUCCUCUGCUGCAGCAAGCGUGAGCGGAAAUGUCCACUGGAUAUUGGUUCGCCGACCAACGUCCGUCGAGUCGAUGUCUCUGGUACGCUUCCCGGCCUUACCGAUGCCGAACGAAAGUAUAUCCGCGAGAAAGUCUCAAGCGAUGCCAUCCACCUCCUGGGCCUACAGUCUCAUCCACCAUCACAUUCAACCUCCCAGCCAACAACCACCCCACCAUCCCCUGAACAUUCCCUCCGACAUGAGCCUAAUUCGACAAUGUCUUCUCGAGAGCCUUCCAUGGCACUGCUGAACACUGCCUCCAAAGACCUGCCUGACGCACUUCCCACUCCUCCACGACAGACACACCCACCCACAUCUCCACCUUCAGCCAGAAUGAAGAGAAUGUGGGCCGGUGUCAAGAGACUCAGCAACAGCUCGAGCUGCAGGGAUAGCUUGUACUCGAAGAUCGGCGACGGCGAGAAAGCCAACGAUCUAUCUAUGAUGACACUGAACCUCGACUUCGAUUCCGAGAGUCCUGGCAACAGAAAGCAUGCUGACAGCCCUCGGACGCUAAGUCUAGCCUCGGGAUUCGAGACGCAGAACACUGUUGGUGGACAUUCGGAUGUGAGUCUGCCGCUUACGAAGAACGGGAAGGUGGAUGCGGCAGUCAAGGAGACCGAGGUUGUAGAUAGCAGUGAGGAUGAGGAUCCGUUUAUUGCUGCUGAGGGGAAAAUGCUCAAGAAGUUCUGAAUUUCGAGGCUGUAGAAUGACUGGACACUGGACAGCGAGCCGAGAUUACGACCGCAUAUGUAUUUGUGCGAUGUUAUGACACCCAGCAUGACAGAAUAAGCAGGGAUAUCAAGAACCAUUAAGAUGUGCGACGGUCCGUUGUGACGGACUUGAUAGCCAGUAUUCAGGACAUAUCUCUCAGAAACAACACAGAAGUUACAACAAACUGUGGGAUGCGCUCAACAUUGUGAUCAUCAGCAACACCCACACUACAUUUCGGAAUCCGCUGGGAGAGCUACUUUGGCGCCCAGGUAGCUGACGUGUGACACAUCUACAAUUUAUUUUUCGUAUAAUUUCCGCGAACACAACGCAUCUCAAAGUAGUUGGUCAGACAUGCCAUAACU